AUGCCUUCUAUGCUGCACUUCCUGGCCCACGCUCUGUUCACAAUUUGCUGCCUAGUUCAAAUGGGCAGCGCGCGUUUGCCCGAGUUCUACCAUUCCACCUCAGCCAUAUCAGCAGAACUUGAGAGUCUGGAGGAAACUUGUCCUGGACUUUUUGUAGAAAGAGAGCCAAUCGACAGCCAGCACUUCAUUGAUGUUGUUUCCCUCUCCAGAUCUGAAAAUCCCGUGUCGCACUUCUUCCUGUUGGCAGGAGAGCACGCCAGAGAGCUCAUCACAGCUGAGAGCGCUCUUCAUUUCCUAAAAGUCCUCUGUGGAGAAGAACCUGCACUGCGCAGGAAAGCGGAAGCUGCACUGGCGGACACUUCCUUCACAGUCAUUGUGAACGGAAAUCCGAUAUCUAGGACUAAAGUUGAAAAUGGGGACUUCUGUGUCAGUUAA